AUGGAUGUGCAUUCACAGUACACACCUGGAAAGAUAAGUAUCUCUGAACGGUCCAUUCUUUCAGGAGCAAAGGCUGUUGAGAAUAUAGAUUACCCACAUUACUCUAAUCUCCUAAGAAAAAUGAACAUGCCUUUUGUGAAAGGAGUUGAGGACAGACAUGACUAUGGCAGAAUUGAAAAGAAAUGUAACCCUGCGUUUCUUAAAUUUCACCCUUACCCCCCAUCAAUUAUGCCAGAUUAUCAUUUAUACUAUCCUUAUCCUCCACCGUAUGGGCCAGAUUAUCCUUUAUUUCCACUCCGUGAUGAUGUACCCUUAGGUGAUCCCUGUUCAGGGUUCUUGAGUGCUGGUGGUGAUGCUGAUUUAAAGCCUGGCAUUGGCAGAACCAUCCCAAGCCUGGUGGAUUUUAGUGAUGUGAAACCUCAACAUCGAGUUCCCAGGCCAGAUACAGGAUAUCAGACAACACUAAAAAGGCAAAAAAUUUUAUUGGAAGAACUGAAACAAGACAGGAAGUGGAAUUCCAGGGCACGACCAGACAUUUCCAUCAGAGCAAGACUUGGAGGCUGGACAAGCUCACAGAAGGUCACUCCUUCACAACCUCGUCAUGAAGGGUGCUCGGUAAACCACACGUACACAUUUGAUGAGGAAGCAGCAUGUACAGAUGAUGGAGAACCACAUUUACAAUCAAAUAAGAAAUAUAGUGCCAAGGACUCAUUUUAUAAGUCCUCUACACAAAAAGCUUAUGAAAGUGUUCCUUGGGAUGAGAUGCUGCCACCAAAACCCGAUCCAGGAGAAACGACGUUGGAGAGAGCUGCGGACCUCGUCUCGCAGCGUUUCACGCGGAAAAGAUACGAAAGGACGCCGGCAUUAACCCAGAUGGUUGGUGGACUCUGGGACAGAUUUCAGACAAGACGCUUCCUGGCGCCCGUCAAGCCAAUUAAUUUCGUGAGUCCAAGUUCCAGAAGCAAAUACAUUCCUCUCUACACCGGUCAUGUGCAGUCCACAAAUGCCGAUGACAUCGACAACCCCUCCGGGGACAUCGCGUCUCUGGCCAGGCCCCGGAGCUCCGCACCUCCGUACACAGACACGAGGCGCUCUGCAAAUGUCCCCGGGUACACCGGGAAGGUUCAUUUCACGGCCACCCACCCUGCAAAUUCCGCUGUUCCGGCCGCAGUCCCCUCGCCGGACUCCGAAGUGCAGCGCAUCUUACGGAAAGAGAUGGCAGUUGACCUCUUCCGUCGCCAGGCACCGCUGUCCCGAGUGGUCACAACCGUGAAACCCUGCAACCCCUUCAACAACAGGAAGAAGGAAGCUGUAGGCUACUGA